ACGCCUUCCUAAAAUACAUUGGGUUAACCUCGUGCUGAUUCGGCAAAUUAUAAGCCUUUCUUAGUUACUGAUUUUACAGAGAGUAAAUCAAAAUAUGGCUGAAGAAAAGACUAAACUUGCCAGAGAUGGAACAAUGCAAGUGACUGCAAAGGAAGGAAUAAACUAUUUAGAAUCCUCUGGGAAGGAGACUUUAUUAGUAAUGUCUGGUUUGAAAGACCCAGAGCCUGAACCACCAGCAAAGAAAUCAAAAUUGGCUAAAGGAACAACUAUGGUUGGAACAGCAAAGGAAGCUGAUAGAUUACUAGGUGAUAAUCGACCAGAUGUAGAUGCAAUGACAAGAGGUCAACAAAAACAGAUUGAUGCCAUCAGUAAAGAGCCCCCAUCCACCCCAAAGAAAGCUAAACUGGCCAAGGAAAGCACAAUGGCCGCCACUGCAAAGGAAGGAAAGGAUUUAUUAGGGAAAGAGAAACUAGGAGAUACAAGACAAGAAACAAAGAGGAAGGCCCCUGCAGCCAAACCAGCAAUGAAAAAAACAAGCACUAUGGAAAAAACAAUAGCUGAAGCUGCAUGGACAGUACCUGAUAUUAAUGUAGAAGAAGGAAGAAAAACAAGAUCUCAGGCAAGUGGUGGCACACCUAAGCCAGCCAUUAAGCGUGAUGGAACCAUGCAGAAAACCGCUAAGGAAGGAAAGGCUUUUGUAAAGAGUGGGAAAAAAUCAAAGAAAUAAAUGCAGUUUUUUGUCAGACUAUGAGUAACAGUGCAUUUUGUAUUUAUAUUCUGUACCCAUACAGUUUUGUAUCUAACGUUUAAAAAUAUUUUUCCUUCAUUUUGUACAAAUAUUCAGUAUGUACUUUGUAAGUGUAGAAUAGUUCUUUGUUUCUUAUAUUUGUUCAAACAAAAAUGUUUUGACUUUAAAUACUUCCCAAAAGUCAUUUAUGAAAUUCCGGAACAUUAAAUGAUUUUAUGAAGGUCAAAACAUAACUUUGUUAUGUUGGAUAUUAUUUAUUCUAAAGGUCAGACCAUUCUUUUUUGAUCCAUAAUAAGAAGCUAAGCAUUUGAAAGUUGUUUUGGCAAGUCGGAGAAACUAAGAAUUAUUUUACCAUAUACCUGGUCGUGAUUGUUGUCGUCUGCUUAUGACAUAGUAUAAUGUUGUUUCACCUGUUUGUAGAUAUAAAUAAAAGGCAGCAAUACAUCCUCAUUGUCAUGGAGUGCCUGAUGUUCACUUCCAUACAUCGUAUCUUAUUGAAAAUAUUUUAAUUUUUGUUCAAGCUGGUUUUGUUUUUGCUGCUUUGUAGUAAAACAACUGUUCAAUUCGCCUUUUCAGGAUCUAAAGGAUUGUUGGUAGUCAAGUAAUUGGUUAAAUUGCCAUUGUCUAAGACGUCGAUUGCCAAUCACAACAUAUUGGUGUUCUGAAAAUAUUGCCCAGAAUGGAUUAUAUUCUGAAAUGGCAAAUUAAAACAUCCCUGUCAUUUAAAAAAAUCAGGAAAUCCCAUUGUUUCAUGUAAUUAAUGUUAACCACUGGUAUGCAGUUUGUAUGUAUGUUGGCUGUGUAUGAAUAAUUUUUAAGGUUUCAUUUAUGAUAAACUAUGGAUUUGAUAAAACUGACUAUAUUUGAUUGUCAUAAGUAUGAGAAUGAUCAAAGAUUUCGCUGGUAAGAAUGGAGAAUUAUCUAGCUUAUAGACAUACUUCUAUUUUGACAUGUGACCAAUAAACAACAUGUAUUUUGCAACAUAUAUACAUUUUUGUUAAUGCUUUUUUACUAUUAAAUAUGUUAGAGUUCUUUAUUAAAUAUUUACAAUUAAGAGUUGUGCUUUUCUUAUUUUAUUUACUGCAAAUAUUUUACAGAAUUUUUUAUACGUUUCUUACAGCCAUGUACAGUUUUCGAGUAAAAGCAGAUUUUUAAAAUGUAGAAAAGAAACACUUUUUAUGCCCCCGCCGUAGGGGAGGGGGCAUUAAAGUUUUACCCUUGUUUUGUAUUUCAUAUUUUACUAAUAAACUUAUUUUUUGCACAUUGAACAUCAUUAAUGAAGAAAUUUUCAUAUAAUUUUCUAUUAGGAAAUAUACUUAUUAAAACUUGCUAGGUAAAAUGAGAAAAUAUGAAUAAUUGUUGAAGACUGUGUGUUUCCCUCUGUAUGUCAUUGUGUUGCUGUUUUAAUGAUACCCCACAUCUUUUUUUUUCCUUUAUGAAAUUGUGUAUCAUGUUGUAUAUCAUGUUCCUUUGAGAUUUUUAGAACAUUUUUUAUCAGAUUCAUAGUCAAAUUAUAAAAUAUUUUAUGUCUCCACAAUUUCAUAGAAAAUUAAAAAUAUCUCGAGUGCAAUGAUUGUAAAAUAUUUUUUUUAUAAAUUUAUUCAAACACAAAACCAAAAAAAAAAAGAUGGAAUUAAAUUCUAAGAAUGUACUUCUUCAUGGUUGUAAGGGCCUCAAUGGCAGAGUGGUCUAAGUAGUUCAACUACAGUAUCACUAGCCUGUCAACACUGAGAUUUUGAGUACGAACCCCGCGUGUAUCAGCUGAAUAGAAAAUGUUCAAAGAUUUACUAGAUUCUCUGACAAAGCAUCAUCUUUUGAUACAAUUUGAAAGGUUUCCAAUAUUCCUAAAAGUCCUAGUAUACAUUUUGUAUGUAAUUAAUGUAAAUUUUAAUAAUCUUCCGUAAUGGUCAUGUGUUAUUGUGUGGAAACAGCUGUAAAAUAUUGUUUAUAUUAUAUCUUUAUGCAGCAGAGCUACAUAGAAGUAAAUAUUGAGAUGACUUCAUGAAAAAGAUUAUAAAAAACCAUGAUUUUAAAUUUAUAUAAUUAAAUGUUGAAUAAUCAGUUGUUUGUAACAAUAGCAGAUUUCUCACUACAAAUGUUCAAUGAUUCACAUUUUUAUUUAGAUACAAAUGUACUAUGGUUCACAUUUUUAUUUCACUACAAAUGUACCAUGAUUCACAUUUUUGUUUCACAACAAAUGUACAAUGAUUCACAUUUUUAUUUUACUACAAAUGUAUCAUGAUUCAUAUUUUUAUUUCACUACAUUUGAAUAAUGAUUCACAUUUAUCAAAAUUUAAUGGCAGUAUCUAUUAAUAAAGGUACAUAGAUGUAGAAUACUUCACGAUUACAUGUGAAAUUAUUUUGUGUUUAAUUAUUUGUUUAAACCUUUUUACUUCUUUAGUUUGUUUUGAAUCUUGCUAUGUGUUCAAGAGAAACAUAUCACAUUUUAUGUUUCUUUUUUUACCUUUGAUAUCCACAUGAAUACAUAGAACAAAUACAAUUUUACAGAAAAUUCAUGUUGACCUUUUUACAAAUUUUAUUUUGUUAAAAGCAUUUUAAUAGUUGUAUAUUCUAUUUCAUGUUGAGCAUGUUAAAUUUCAAGAAAAAAUUGUUUGCUAGAAAAGUAUGUGCCAUUUAAAACAAAUGAAGUUGUGAAAAUGGAAAUUUUUGAGAUAUUGACAAUCUUGUUUGGGACUAUUCCAUUAAAAUUGAUACUGAAGGGACUUCCAAAAUCCCAAAACAGCCAACAAACUUUAAGUGUUUUCUACUCCAUACUUUCUAUGGGUAACUUUUGAUACAUUCAAUUGACAUACAAUCAUUAAUAGCCCACAAUAUCCAAAAACGAAAAAACUUUAUUUUAAUUGAAUAGUCCUGACUUGUUUACAUGAAAUUUUUAGGAAUUUAAUUUAAUUAUAUAAUUUUAUUUAAGUGUGAUAUGUUUACCUGUGAUUUUGUAGAUGCAAUGUUAUUUGAAUAAAUGGAAGAUUUAUAGUUUUA